UACGGUCUCGGGGUGACGUAAUCACGGCUGGGUUUGGAGACGAAUGUUGCUGCAUUGUUGACGUUAUUAGUUUAAAGAUUUACUUGCCUUUAAAUUGUGGUAUAUUUUGGUGACAGGUCGCUCCUCGAGCAAGACGUCUGCAAACAUGAAAUGGAUGUUUAAAGAGGAUCAUUCUCUGGAGCACAGGUGUGUUGAAUCUGCCAAAAUCCGGAACAAAUACCCAGACAGAGUUCCUGUUAUUGUAGAGAAAGUGUCUGGCUCACAGAUUUUGGAUAUUGACAAGAGGAAGUAUCUGGUCCCAUCUGACAUCACAGUGGCCCAGUUUAUGUGGAUUAUCCGAAAGCGGAUCCAGCUGCCCUCUGAAAAAGCUAUAUUCCUCUUUGUUGACAAAACUGUUCCUCAGUCCAGUCUGACUAUGGGACAGCUAUACGAGAAAGAGAAGGAUGAGGACGGCUUUUUGUACGUGGCCUACAGUGGAGAGAACACGUUUGGAUAUUAAGAAUAUAUGUGCAUCAUCUCAGCCUGUCUACACAUCUACGCACCUGGUUUUAUUUUUUGGACUAGCUUCAUUGUUCUAGAGUUGGCAACGGGACGGAAGACAACGCGUCUGUGACAUAAUCGCACUAAAGAUGUGUUUGUACCUGUAGUUUCACCUGUUAAAUUGUAAUUUGAAACAUUAGCUUAUUCUUUCUUUCUUUUUGGUGAAUGGUGUUAUAAUAUUGCAGACAAUAAUGUUGAAACGGAGACUAUAUAGUAAGUUUUAAUUUAUCUGUAUUUUUCUUCUGUAAAUUAUAUAUUUAAGAUAAUUGAAAGGUAAGGUAGCUGGAUGACCUAACCAAUAAAAACAAACUCCAAAAAGAAAA